CCUUGGGUUAGGUAAGAUAUUUGCACUACGGUGUAUUUACUUGACGAGAUAUCAGGUACAGUAUAGUACUUACUAGAUGUAGAUGUGAGCAGGAUGUGAGCGGGAUGUGAGGGAGGUGGAAUAAAGACAAGGAAUCUGAUACCUUACAUCGAGCAAUGCAAUCCACACACCGAGACCCCAGACCCUCUCGAACACCAAAAGACCCCUGGACCAGAUAGAAGGGCAUCGAAUGUCGGCGCCUACCUAAGUAUGUCCGACUCGUCCUACUGCUUACCUCUUCGAGAUAGAUAGAUAGAUAGAUACCUUACAUACAUAUGUAUGUAUGUAUCUACUGUAGAGACCGACAAUGGGAUUUCUAGAGCUCCCCCCCGAGAUCCGCGACCAGAUCUACACCGUCAUCCUGCACCCCAACAACAACCGCACCUACAAACCCGACGAGUACACCGACUACGACUACCGCCAUGCCCUCGCCCUGUUCUACCUCAACCGAUCCAUCUACCACGAGGCCCGCGAGGUCUUUCGCGCCCUCAACGUCUUCCUCCGCAUCGAGACCCCCUGGACCGAGGCCGAGCACCACGUCAACCUCAUCGGCCAUGUCCCCAUCCUCAUGCGCGGCGCCCGUGCCGAGCGCUUCCGAGGGCACACCUUCCAGGUCACCAUAGAGACCCCCGCCGCCGGCGAACCCGAGAACGGCACCCACCACUUCGUCAUGCUCGCCGACGACCUCACCGGCUUCACGCGCGCCUGGUUCUACUGGAACCUCUCGCACCCGGGCCUCAACCAAUGGCUCGUGCUCAAGCUCCACCUGCGCGACCCCUACUCGCCCGACUGGGACGAGAAGCACGUGCGCCGCGACAUCCAGCGACGGCUCUUCCUGCCCUUCGGCGACGUCAAGGGCCUCCACAACUUCUCCAUCACCGGCGACCCGAAGCCCCAGCCCAAAAUUGUCGCCGAGCUGCGCGCCCUGCAGGCCCUCGAACCCGACUCGCCUGAAAAGUGUCUGGCGGAAGGGAUACGGCUGAAGAACCAAGGCAACGAGCUGCUGCAGAAGGGGGAAUACAAGGCUGCUCUCGACGUGUACAAUCGCGCCUGGGAAGCUAUACAUAUCAUCGUUAGAGGCCGCCAGCGCCACGUCCAUGCAGAAGCCUACUUUGCGCGCGACCUCGUCGACGAGCCGUUCGCAGGGAAAAACGGGCAACUCGAGCGCAUGACGCUGCGCCUGCAGCUCGUCGCGAAUACGUGCCUCGUAUACAUGAAGCUUGGCGAUUGGCAAGAGCUGCAGUUCUGGGGCAUGCGGACGAUCCGCUUGAUGAGGCAGGCUACGGGCGCUAAUCAGCGACAUAUCCCGCCCGAGGACGAGGCGCUGCUGAGCUUUCCUAGCGCUGCGCAGGUAGGGAAGAUUUAUUAUCGCACGGCGAGAGCAUUCCAGGAGCUGGGCGAUCGCGACGAGGCGAGACGGCUUGUCAGGGUAGCGUUGGUCUACUUGCCUGGGGAUAAGACGGUUAGAGAUACGUUGGCUUCGCUGGCGUUGAAGCUUGGAUAGAGUUUUGGGGUUGUUUCUUUGCUGGACGCGAACAUACGCUCGAAUUGUGAUACAUUAUACACGGAUUCAUGAGAUAAAGUAUAGGGCGAUAGUGAUGAUUAAUGACGCGUUUGAUUUCAAGGGGUUUAUAUCUAUAUAUAUUCCAUUCAUGUAUCUUUUGCUACCAUUUCACAUUUUCAUGGUUAUAUUAUAGCUUUAUAUUAGAUCAUAUAUAUUCGCGUUUUAUAUAUUGAUUCAUUAUUUAUUAUACAGUGGUA